AUGGCGGAAGAAGCGCAGACAGUCAACCUCAAGAUCCUUUCACCCUCGUCUGACUUUGAGGGUGGUGUGAACCUCGCAGACGUCCCCGCUUCCACCACGGUCAAAGAGCUCCGGAGCCGCAUACAGGAUGCCGCGCCCUCGAGGCCUGCCCCAGAGCGCAUGCGCCUCAUCUAUCGCGGCAGAGUAGUGGCCAAUGAUGCCGACACACUGAGUAACGUGUUUGGCGUGGACAAUCUACGUGAGAACAAGGACCAGAGCCUCCACUUGGUUCUGCGGGAGCUCCCGACUACUGGGAACCCUCCAACGUCACCUACGCCACGAUCCGCGACUGUCCCGAACCCUUUCCGCCCUGCGCAAGCCCCGGCUGUACCCGCAAAUCCUCUGCAGACGAACCCAUUCCGCGCGCUGCCACAGGCUCGACCGCACUCGCUCCCACCACUACCACCGCACCACCAUCAUAUCCCGGGCCAAGCAAACGCGGUUCCCAUUCCUCUCCCUCUUCCCCCACAACUGCAACAACAGUUCACCCAGGCCAUGGCGCAACAGGGACAGCAGAACAACGAGCAGACCCCAGACUCGACAUCUCAGCAGCCAGGACCAGACGCACCGAGACCCGCGGACGCCGCUCAAGGACUGCCCAACCUCCCCGGAAAUGGCGACCAACCACUACGACGCGAAGGCGUGGGUCCCAACGGGGCGCGAUGGACAGUCACAUACAACCAGGUCAAUAUACCUGCGCAGAUUCGACAGCCCGUUCCUGCAUUCGGUCUUGCUCCACCGCUAGCGUUUGGUCGUCCACCGGUCCCGCCGGGCGUUAUUCCCUCAAUGGGCCACGACAGUACCCAGCGCUUGUUGCCACGCAUCCAGACAAUCUUCCAGGAAGCACAACGCGAGAUGGAGAACGUGCGAACCUUGCUGCAGCCUGCGCGUCCAUCGGAGACACAGACUGAUCGACUUUCGCUUUCAAACACCUCUCCCCUGAACCUACCAGUUUGGCGAAUCGAUCACAUCCGCCAACACCUCAACACCAUCAACCAGAACUUGAACGUUGUCGAGCGGGCCCUCGCCCUUCUCCCUACAGAACCCGAGGUGGUAGCGUUGAGACGCUCAGUAACCGAGAUUAGAGUGGACGCACUAGAAUUGAACAUCAUACUCGAUCGUCAACAAGGCGGAAGCCCCAGUCGAUCAAGCAUGUCCACAGCCAUCAACACUCCGGUUCUCGGACCUUCCUCUAGCACAAUACCAGGCGCUCCGAUAAUGACUCCAGCUGUGCCUACUACAUCUCAACCACGGACACAGAACACUACUCAGACAAUGCCUGCAGAUGCGCCAACGGAGUUGUUUCUCUUAUCAAGCCCUCAGGGCCCGGUUGGCGUUCUAUUCGAUCAGCAAGGCACAUACACCACUGCCCCCAUGGUCUCGACACUUCCAUUUCAGAGUUUUACGAACCAGUUUGCUCAGAACAGACAGCUCCUCAAUGGCCUUGGACAGCAGAUAGCACGGGGGAAUCCGCCCCCUAACCUUGAGCUGCACAGGCAGCUAGCCAACAUGAGCCAGACCCAACGUCGAGACUGGAUCCAGAAUCAAAACCAAAACCAAAACCAAAACCAGAAUCAGAAUCAGAAUCAGAAUCAGAAUCAAGAUCAGAAUCAGAACCAAAAUCAGAAUCAAAACGCGAACGUAAACGUAAACCAACCAGAAGAAAACGAUCGUAUGGUCAACGUCGCUGGGCAUAUGUGGCUGAUCUUCAAGCUGGCAGCAUUCGUUUACUUCUUCUCCGGAGGUGGUGGCCUCUAUAGACCUAUCAUGCUUGGUAUCGUCGCAGGUGUGGUUUAUCUAGCACAAGCCGGCAUGUUUCAAGAGCAGUUCAACGUUGUUCGUCGUCACUUCGAGGCUCUUCUCCCUGUCGGAGCCUUGGCCGAACGCGUGGCUCAGCCUAACAACCAGCGCCAAACGCAACAUCGAGGUAACCUAUCACCCGAGGAAGCUGCGAGGAGAAUACUGCAGCAGAGGAGAGAUCAGAGAUUUGGAUGGUUCAGGGACAGCAUGCGUACAGUCGAACGCGCUUUUGCGCUGUUUGUUGCCAGCUUGUUUCCUGGUGUUGGAGAGCGGAUGGUCCACGCGCAAGAGGAGAGGGAGAGACUCGAAAGGGUGGCAGCUCGAGAAGAGAGGGAACGCCAGGAGGAAGAGGCGAGAAGAAGGGAAGAAGAGGCCCAAGCACAGCGCGAGCAGAGAGAUGAAAAGAAGACCGAGGCCGAUCUCGAGCCACAAGAUGAGUCGAAUGCAAGUGUAGGCACCAAGGGCAAGGAGAGGGCAGCGACAGAGGAAGAGGCUACUGCUCCGGGUCCUUCUUCAUGA